AUGAAUGCCGCCACCGAUCUCUUCCUUUCGCUGACCCCGGAGAAAGUGCUCGCCGCCGUCGAGGCCGGCGGGCUGGUUUGCCGGCCGGUCUGCUAUCCGUUGAAUUCAUUCGAGAAUCGGGUCUACGAAGUCGAGCUCGAGGACCGCAGUCGCAUCGUUGCCAAGUUCUACCGCCCGGAACGGUGGAGCGAGGAGCAGAUCCUCGCCGAGCACGGCUUUCUGGCCGAGCUGGCGACCGACGAAAUCGAGGUCUGCACAGUGAUGCCGUUUCCCGACGGCACGACGCUAAAGAAGAUCGACCACAUCUACUACAGCUUGUCGGAGCGCCGCGGUGGCCGGGCGCCCGACGAGCUCAGCGAUGGUGACGUGCGCCGGUUGGGGAUGCUGGUGGCACGGAUGCACAACGUGGGCGCCCGACUUCCGGCGCCGCCGCGACCGCGGCUCGACGCCGAACGCUACAUCCGCCGCACCUUGAGCUUUUUCGCCCGUCACGACACCCUGCCCGAGCCCUUCCGGCGACGUUAUGUGACCGCCGCUGAGGCCAUUGCCGAGCAUGCCGAUCGGCUGAUGGAGGGCGUCGCUGCACAGCGCAUCCACGCCGACCUUCAUCUCGGCAACGUGCUGGUGCGCGACGAGGUGCUGCGGGUGCUCGAUUUCGACGACUUUGUCGAGGGGCCGCCGGUGCAAGAUUUCUGGCUCGCUCUACCCGGCCGUGACCCGGAGACCGAGCGUCAACGAGAGCUGUUUCUCGACGCCUACGAGCAGCUGCGCGAGUUCGAUCGCAAGACCCUGCGCUUGAUCGAGCCGCUGCGUGGCUUGCGCAUGGUGCGCUACGCCGGCUGGCUGGCGCGGCGUUGGCACGAUCCCGCGUUCCAAGCCGCCUGGUCGCAUUUCGGCAGUGACGAGUACUGGCGCCAGGAAACCGAAGACCUCGAAGAGCAGCUCGCCGUGGUGCGGGGAGAAAGCGCCGCCGCCGAGGCCGGCUCGACCUCGAGC